AUGAAUGGUGCAGCCUUUUCUCAAGUUUUCCAAGAUAUCAAGAAAAGACAUUGUAGAGGAGAUGAAUAUUCACAACUACGGACGGGGAGGAUCGGUAAAUAUAACGAAACCAAGCGGUUUCUCUGUUCAGUGAGACGAUUACUCAAGGGCUUUGGUGCGGGUAAAACCGUUGAAGCUAUAGAGAUGCUGAGCAAGAUUCAUGAGAAAGGUGUAGUCACUGAUAAUAUGCUGUACUACACUGUGGUUGGUUACAAUACUCUGAUGCAAGUACUAGCGGAAGGUAAUAUGAUUGAGGUUUUCUCCAAACGGGUAUUCUUCUACCUAAGAGUAACCAUGUGCCUUUCUUCGUCUAAAAUAUCAUGCACCCCUGAUAUGCCUGCUGAUGGCUUAGUGGGAAACCUUCAGGCAAUGUUAGCCAGCUCCGUUGCAAGGACAGUUUGCAGCGUUCUAAGAAGGAACUGCUUGCAUCGGGUCAGGAGUAAUGGUGGAGUCAUGCAUGGGAUGAUCAGUGUUCCCCGCCCGGUCUGUGCAAAAGCCCUUCACCUCGCAGCGAUGGAAGACAAAACCAAACUCGGGAAACCGGUCAAAAUCAUGACGACACCAUCCGUUGAGGCUGAUCAAGCAGAAUCCAGUGCAGAAGAAAAGCUGGUCAAUGCACGUGACUAA